UCUGUGCUUUGUGUCCUAACUGUCGUCCGGUGGCCACGUAUGGCUCCUUUCAACAGCGGUAACAGCGGCUAACGAGUCCUAUCCCAUAACCGCCCUGACCUUAGCCAAGGGUUUAUUUGUCUUUAACAAACGUGGUGGACUUUUUUCCCCCUUCUUCUUCAUCUUCGUUUGAAGCGCAGAGGACAAAGUUUUGUCUGAAUGUUUCCCGCUGGGACCGUGAAACCGGAGGAGGAGGUGGAGGCGGAGAAGGAGGGGGCAAACGGCUGAGGGGUCGUCCUGUCCAGUCAGAGUAUCUGAUCCGGGAUCUGCUCAGUCAGACAGACAGACGGCGGCUUCUUCGAGGCUGAACUGUCGGAUUCACCGAGGGAAAACUUUUUCUUUUUUCUUCCCGCGGAUGAUUCAGUUAGAAAUACAACGAGGUUGGGAUUAAUUUAAAGUAGUUUUGACUUUGUUCGGGAUAGGGUUUUUUCCCUCUCUGUGUGUCAAGACUUCAAACUCUGGAGGUAUCACUCUUCCUACGGACGUUUUUGAUUCAUAUAUAACUUCUUGUAACUUUAUCACAGCAAGCGGUUCGGUGUUCUUACACAAAAUGGAUAAAUACGAGGAUUUGGGACUCGAAGCGAGUAAGUUUAUCGAAGACUUGAACAUGUAUGAAGCAUCCAGAGAUGGCUUGUUUCGAAUGAGGAGGGAUGCAGGAAAUAACCCGGACUUUGAAGAGACUAGGAGGGUUUUUGCCUCCAAAAUGACCAAAAUACACAUGCAGAAACAGCAAGAGGAGAUGGCAAAAAGCAACCAGGUGAUUAAAAUGAACGGAGGUCACCACGGCGGCGCUCAUUACACCAAGGACAGACCGCCCAUCAACAGCUACAGGCAGCCGGGGGAAGCGGCGGCGAAGCCCCCGAUCCUGUCGGGCCCGGUUCCGAGCGCCGUGCCGGUGAACCAGUGUAUUCAGGCUGAAGCUCCAGCCAGCAGGGCGUACGGCUACGGAAGCAAUUAUGAUAACGAGCGCUUAGAGCCACAUUCCUCCCAUCACAGUAACUCUUCCAUGCCAAGUUGUGGAAGUCCAGCUACCAGUGCUUUGCACCCUGUCUCCCCAUCCAGAGAGGGCAAGCUGCCCCCCACUCUCUCAGGGAGCAGCAGCACAUCCCACCAUCAGCCUCAGCGCCUGCACACAUCUAACACUGUCAGUCCUUCACAAGCAACCAAUCAGAGUCCACUGUGCUCUGCUGGAACAGCCAGGGCUUGGACUGGAGAGCCCAUUGGUGCUCCAUCAUCAGAGGGCAUCCCUGCCUUUCCUUUGACCGCUUUCACAGGUGAUGCUGACUAUCAUGUGCAGCAGCCUGUGAGUCAUUACUUACAAUCUGUUAACCAUAAUGGUCCUGCAGCCACUUCCUUUGUCCCAGAAAUGCCUCAACCUAAAGCCCAGGUGACCUCUGCAGCCCCAUGUGCCUCUAAGAACCAGCUAACAGCUCGGAGCCAAAUGCCUGGUGGCGUACAGGCCAUGCAGGUCAUCAGCGAUGGUCCUGGAGGUCCGUCCUCCCCUAAACCUGUCCAGAUACCUUCUACCGCUCAGCCUGUGCAGCCGCUGGAGCAGGGGCCCUCUGCAGCUGAAAUCAAACUAGAGGCACUUACGAAACAACUGGAAAAAGAGAUGGAUGCCCAGCCAAAAUCGGACUACUUUGGGCUUUGCAUGAAGUGUAACAAGGCGGUUUACGGAGCUAACCAGGCCUGCCAGGCUAUGGGUAGCCUCUACCACGACACCUGCUUCACCUGCAGUGCUUGCAGUCGAAGGCUAAGAGGGAAGGCUUUCUACUACGUUGGAGGGAAGGUCUUCUGUGAAGAGGACUUCCUGUACUCUGGUUUCCAGCAGUCUGCUGAUAAGUGUAACGCAUGUGGACAUCUGAUCAUGGACAUGAUCCUGCAGGCUCUGGGGAAGUCGUACCACCCCGGCUGUUUCCGCUGUGUGAUCUGCAACGAGAGCCUCGAUGGAGUUCCCUUCACUGUGGACACGGAAAACAAGAUCUACUGUGUCAAGGACUACCACAGGGUCCUAGCUCCUAAAUGUGCAGCCUGUAACCAGCCAAUUCUGCCCUCAGAGGGCUCUGAUGAAACCAUCCGAGUCGUAUCCAUGGACAAAGACUACCAUGUAGAAUGCUACCACUGUGAGGACUGCAAGAUGGAGCUGAACGAUGAAGAGGGUCACCGCUGCUACCCCCUGAACGGCCACCUCCUCUGCCACUCCUGCCACCUGAAGCACAUCAAGCCCUGCUGUCCUCCCGCAGUCCCUGCCUCCACAUACUGACAGCUCUGUGGGGGGAGGGCGACACCUGGUGGUUCUGAACAGGAACUGCCAAGCUUGGCAGCAGCAGUGGAUGUGUUCGAUUCUUGUUGUAGAGAAUUGAUGGGUUUAUUAAGUCACUCUUGAGUUGUGCUGUGUGUUUAGAUGAGAUUAUUAAUGAAGUUACGUUUAUGUAGGGAGGAAACGGUAAUAAAAUAUUGAUUACACCAAAGCUCUCCUUGGAAAGCAGAGACGGCUUGCAGACUUUGCAGAAGUGUUGCCUUUUAAUUAUUUUUCAAGAGAGAUCAGCUGCUUUUUCCUUUGUAAAUAUUUUCUGAUCUGCUAAUUUUCUAUUUGGAAUGCCUUCUGGUUCACGUUUGUGCCUCUAUAGCUUUCAUAGCUUCCAGUUUAAUUCAGGUACAAGAGUUUUCCUUUUACAGGUUUUGAUACCUAAAUUCAUGAAUUCUGUCAAACAUUACUGACAAUUAUGAUUUUGAUCAGAAUUUUUUUUUUCUGUUUUCCGUCAUAAACUUCUUUAAUAUUUUUAUUUUUGUCUCUGCGUCGGUUUCUUCAUGUUUUUGCUUGGCAGAACAAAAGUUUUAAUUUUCUUGAUGUAAAUAAUGUGCAAACCAAGCGACUCCUAGACAACCUCCUCACAUUAGUGUCAGAUAAGGUCGUUAACCUCCAGUCUCUUCGAAGGGCUUUUUAAUUCACAUCGAUGCACAUCCUCUUCUCUUCCUAAAUCUGAAAAAUGAAUCUCUAAAAUACCUGCUGCCUCUAUUUUUAUGCGUUUCCCUCACAAUUGUAAAUACUAAUUGCUUUUCUUCGAUUUCCUAUAUAACAUUAGGUUUGCAGAACUUAGUAUUUAUUUUUUUAAGAUACAUAUAUUCUGGCCUGUUUUUCCUCUUUUGUUUUGAUACAAUAUGGCUUGAUUAUAUAAGACCGAUAAGGAAUAUGUUGAGCUUCUGCACAGCCUACAGCCUGAUCCUACAUGCGUGCUUGCUGGGUUUGCAGAGUAAAUAGUUUUGUCUUCAUACGUUUUAUUGUCCAUAAUUUGACUUUACUAACUUAACACUUUUGUUGCUCGUCUUUUAAAACCUUCAUGUCUAAACCAGCUGUUGGAAAAGAUGAAGAGCAAAGCAGAGACUCUGAGCUGUGUGAUUAUUGUAAAGAUAUUUAAUAAAUUUUAAUAGACCUGC